ACACGACGCCUGGGGCGAUGGACCCGUUUACAGAGAAACUGCUUGAACGAACCCGUGCCAGAAGAGAGAAUCUUCAGAGAAAAAUGGCUGAGCGGCCCAUAGCAGCACCGAGGUCUGUGGCACAUGCAAAGCGAGUCAGAGAGCCACUGUCAGAAGCAAGUAACCAGCAGCCCGUGUCUGGUGGUGAAGAGAAAUCUUGUACAAAACCAUCACCAUCAAAAAAACAUUGUUCUGACAAAACUGAAGUAGAAGUUUCUGACUUGGAAAACAAACAACCAGUUGAGAUGACUACUACUGCAAAAUUGCGUUCUCCAAGCCCUGUGUCUCCUUGGGAGCAGCCACCAGCACCAGCUGCUGUUAGUGAUUCUGUGGCUGCACCAGCAUCCCUGCCGGAUGAGGGAAGAGGACUGACCUCAAGGCGGGAAGCAACUGCAGGCUCCUCAGUUAAAACACGUAUGCAAAGGCUUGCAGAGCAGCGGCGCCAUUGGGAUGAUGAUGCAGCAGAUGAUGUACUUGAAAACUCCCACUUCUCACCAAUGCCAUCUGAGGAGAAGGCUGCCUCCCCUCCUAAGCCACCCCUUUCAGAGGCCUCAGCUACCCCGAUUGGGAGGAGGGGGCGUCUCGCCAACCUUGCUGCAACUAUUUGCUCCUGGGAAGAUGAUGUAAGUUACUCAUCUGCAAAGCAAAACAGUGCACCAGAACAGCCUGGUACCACUUGUUUAUCCAAAUUUUCCUCUGCAAGUGGAGCAUCUGCUAGGAUCAAUAGCAGCAGUGUUAAGCAGGAAGCUACAUGCUGUUCCCAAAGGGAUGGUGAGGCCUCUUUGAAUAAAGCCCCCUCCGUGAGCGCUGCUGAUGAGUCCCGUUCUGUGAAAGCUACUUCUUCCCCAGUGAAAUCUUCUACAUCCAUCACCAGUACUAAAAAUUCUGAGCCACUUCAAAAAACUCCUGUUAGUCCUCUGAAAACAGAGGUAUCAAAACCAGUUGUGAAGUCGGCUUUAUCCCAGACAGUUCGGUCCAAAGAAGUAAACAGAGAAAUUUGUCUGCAGUCUCAAUCCAAAGACAAAUCUCCAACACCAGGAGGAAAAGGAAUUAAGCCUUUCCUGGAACGCUUUGGAGAGCGUUGUCAAGAACACAGCAAAGAAAGCCCAGCUCAUAGCACACCCCAUAGGACUCCCAUUAUCACUCCCAAUACAAAGGCCAUCCAAGAAAGAUUAUUCAAGCAAAACGCAUGUUCCUCUGCUACCCAUUUAGCACAACAACAGCUCAAGCAGGAACGUGAAAAAGAACUAGCAUGCCUUCGUGGCCGAUUUGACAAGGGCAAUUUAUGGAGUGCCGAAAAAGACAAGAACUCAAGAAGCAAACAACUAGAAACCAAUCAGGAAGUUCACUGUCAGAACACUCCCUUCAAGAAACAUCAAGUUGUUUCAAAUACCCAGUCACUUUCAGUAACUGACAAGGCAACAAAAAAUCAGACACCAGCAAAACCUUCUAAUAUAGAACCUACAGGUCUCACUGAAUGCAAAAUGACAAAGUCUAGUCCUUUGAGAAUAACACUGUUUUUAGAAGAGGAAAAGCCCUUAAAAGUAACAUCAGACCCAAAGGCUGAGCAGCAGACGGAAGUGGUACGUGAAAUUGAGAUGAGUGUGGAUGAUGAUGACAUGAAUAGUUCGAAAGUUAUUAAUGACAUCUUCAGUGAUGUCCUAGAGGAAGGGGAACUAGACAUGGAGCAGAUCCAAGAGGACAUGGAUCGAGCAGCAACAGAAAACAGUGAUGAGCAAGAAGAUGCACUGAAUAUCUCCUCAAUGUCUUUACUUGCUCCAUUAGCACAGACAGUUGGUGUGGUAGAUCCAGAGAGUUUAAUUUCCUCAAAGCUGCAAUUGAAAGACAGUAGCAUAAGUGAUGAAAGUCCCAAACCAGGAAAAUUCCAGAGAACCCGUGUGCCUCGAGCUGCAUCUGGCGAUAGUAUUAGCUCUGAGGAUCGUGAUCUCCUUUAUAGCAUUGAUGCAUAUAGGUCUCAAAGGUUCAAAGAAACAGAACGUCCUUCAAUAAAACAAGUGAUUGUUCGGAAAGAAGAUGUUACUUCAAAACUGGAUGAAAAAAAGAAUGCCUUUCCUUGUCAGGUUAAUAUCAAACAGAAAAUGCAGGAGCUCAAUAAUGAAAUAAAUUUGCAGCAAACAGUGAUCUACCAAGCUAGCCAGGCUCUUAACUGCUGUGUUGAUGAAGAACAUGGAAAAGGGUCCCUAGAAGAAGCUGAGGCAGAAAGACUUCUUCUGAUUGCAACUGAGAAGAGAACACUUUUGAUCGGUGAACUGAAUAAGCUGAAGAGCGAAGGGCCUCACAGGAAGAACAACUCUGGUCCCAUUUCCAAAAGUGAAUUUGUCCCAUCCAAAGGAUCAGUUACUUUGUCAGAAAUCCGCUUGCCUUUGAAAGCAGAUUUUGUCUGUAGUGUGGCUCAGAAACCAGAUGCAGCAAAUUACUAUUUCUUAAUUAUACUAAAAGCAGGAACUGAAAAUAUGGUAGCCACACCAUUAGCAAGUACUUCAAAUGCUCUUAAUGGCGAUGCUCUGACAUUCACCACUACCUUUACUCUGCAAGAUGUAUCCAAUGAUUUUGAAAUAAAUAUUGAAGUUUACAGCUUGGUACAAAAGAAAGAUUCCUUAGGCCCUGAUAAGAAGAAAAAAGCAUCCAAGUCAAAGGCUAUUACUCCAAAGAGACUCCUUACAUCUAUAACCACAAAAAGCAACCUUCAUUCUUCAGUUAUGGCCAGUCCAGGAGGCCUCAAUGCUGUGCGUACCAGCAACUUUGCCCUUGUUGGAUCCUACACACUGACAUUGUCCGCAGUAGGAAACACUAAGUUUGCUCUGGACAAGGUGCCCUUUUUAUCUCCUUUGGAAGGUCAUAUUUACUUAAAAAUAAACUGUCAAGUGAAUUCAAGUGUUGAAGAAAAAGGUUUUCUAACGAUAUUUGAAGAUGUAAGUGGUUUUGGUGCCUGGCAUCGAAGGUGGUGUGUUCUGUCUGGAAACUGUAUCUCUUACUGGACUUACCCGGAUGAUGAGAGGCGAAAGAAUCCCAUAGGAAGGAUAAAUCUGGCCAAUUGCAUCAGUCGUCAGAUAGACCCAGCCAACAGAGAAUUUUGUGCAAGACGCAACACUUUUGAACUGAUUACUGUUCGACCACAAAGAGAAGAUGACCGGGAGACUCUUGUCAGCCAGUGCAGGGACACACUCUGUGUCACCAAGAACUGGCUAUCUGCAGAUACUAAAGAAGAACGGGAUCUCUGGAUGCAAAAACUCAAUCAGGUUCUUAUUGAUAUUCGCCUCUGGCAACCUGAUGCUUGCUACCAACCUAUUGGAAAGCCUUAG